UACAUGUUGUAAAAUGAAUAGCACGUGGUAUUGUGUCAGUGAUGUCACAUACCACAAAUGUGAAGCUACUGCACAAACAGUCCUGAUGGUGCCACCCACAAAGCGUUCUACAGGAAGCUUGACUACAACAACUACACAUCGUCCUACAAGACGUGUGUCGUCAACGACUCAAAGAUAUUUUACCUAUAGACCAUUUACUGCUUAUCCAAAACACACAACAUAUGAUUACGAUGACCAAUAUCUUACUACUACCAGUAAACCUUCUAAAAUCGCUUUUAUCAGUAUUUUUGCAGUCUCCGGAUCUUUGGUUGUGCUAGUUGUUAUCCUAACUUUUAUUGUUAUAAAGCAUUCAAAAAGACGUGAUGAACAAAGACGAAAUGCCCUAUUCAAUGCUGCCAAUGAGCAGAUAAGUAGGAAUUCCGGACAUCUCAGAGGGAAUCCGGUAUACAUUAGAGGAAUAAGAGAAACAGAAACACAGGUUAACUGGACAAAUAAUAAUGCGAAUGACAGUUUAGCUAACAACGGAAAUGCUGCACAAGGUUUCAUGCUAAAUGAUCUACCACCAUCUUACUCAGAAUGUAUUGCUUCUGACCAAUCUAGUCACCAACUAUCUGCACCAACUGACUAUACAUGUCAACGACCGAACUUAUCAAUAACUCCACUACCAUUGUAAAGACUCGGAAUUCGCAAACUUGACCUAUAGAAUGAAAGUUGACGAUAGUACCAAUUAGUUCAUUUGAGACGCACAAUGAAUAACUGUAGUUCAUAAUUUCAUCAUAUUUUAUCGUAUCAUAUGUUCUAGACUAA